GGCCCUAGAAAUUGCUUAGCUAACUUCAGCAGAGCGACUGUCCUGUGUUGUCUCCUUCCAUUUCCCCCCGACGCCUUUCUCCUAGAACUGGGGUUUGUUUCCCCCCCUUGAUUCUUUAUAUGGAACACUCGACCGCUCAGCAGCAAGAAAGAGAAAACCAGGAAUCGGAGGAAGAAAGGAAACCAUGGGGAGAAGUAACAGCAGCUUCUUUCCAAGAUCCUAAGCUCGGGCUCGCGGAACCCGCGGAGUCGGAGCAGGGGCCUGACACUGGACCCCAGCGCCGGAGCAGCCCGCCUCGGAGUCCGCAGUCUGCAGGCAGCACACCUCCGGGGGACCUCCCAGGAACAGGUGCGUCAUCUCCCCCUUCGCCCCCUGAGGGGUCCUCUUCCGCUCCUCCUCUGGCUCUGUCCACGCGGGACCUUGCGGCACCACGGCCGUCGGACAAGACCGCCAGAGUGAUUCCUGAAGCCGAGCCGCCUCGCUCUGACCAUUUGAAACAGUCACCUGAUAAAGGAGAACCAACUCAUCAAACAGGCCGAUCAAAGGGGAACGCCUUUCCACCGUUUCAGGAAACAAAUGGUCGCUUGUCUGAACCGAGGGAUGUGAGCUGUAACGACCCGAAACAAAAGGAGCGGAGAUUUGACAUUUUUCGGGAGGGAGACUCCAACAGCAGCUCUGAUCUGGACGAGGCCGAGCCUGAAGCGGCCCCCAGCGCGCUUGAGACUGCCCUGCAGAGUGCCAAGGCUUACCUCCUCCAGACCAGCAGCAAGUCGGGCUUAAAUCUAUAUGAUCACCUCUCUAAUAUGCUGACCCAGAUCUUAGAUGAGCGUCCUGAAAAUGCUGUGGACAUCAUUGAAAAUAUUAGCCAGGAUGUGAAGAAGGCACAUUUUAGUAAGAAAUUAGAUACACUCCAAAAUGAAAAUGAGAUGCUUCCAACAUAUGAAAUAGCAGAGAAGCAAAAAGCUCUUUUUCUUCACGGAAAUUUGGAAGGAGCUGACCAAGAACUGGAAGAUGAAAUAGCAGAAAACUCUCUUCCCAAUGUAAUGGAGUCAGCAUUUUAUUUUGAACAAGCUGGAGUUGGUUUGGGCACAGAUGAGACUUAUCGCAUAUUUCUUGCCCUCAAGCAGCUUACUGACACUCACCCAAUCCAAAGAUGCCGUUUUUGGGGCAAGAUCUUGGGCCUGGAAAUGAAUUACAUUGUGGCUGAAGUGGAAUUUCGUGAGGGGGAAGAUGAUGAAGAGGUGGAAGAGGAAGAUGUAACUGAAGAGAGAGACACUGGAGAGAGUGAAGCUGAGGAAGAUGAUGAACUGCCAAGAUCCUUUUACAAGGCUCCACAGGCUAUACCAAAAGAAGAAAGCAGAACAGGUGCCAACAAAUAUGUCUAUUUUGUUUGCAAUGAGCCAGGCAGUCCAUGGGUGAAGUUACCGUCAGUCACACCCACACAAAUUGUCAUCGCAAGACAAAUCAAGAAGUUUUUCACUGGGCGAUUGGAAACUCCCAUCAUAAGCUACCCACCUUUCCCAGGAAACGAGAGUAAUUACUUACGAGCACAAAUUGCCCGAAUUUCAGCAGGGACCCACGUCAGCCCUCUGGGUUUCUAUCAGUUCAGUGAAGAGGAAGGAGAGGAGGAAGAAGCCGCAGAAGCUGGGCGGGAUAGUUUUGAAGAAAACCCUGAUUUUGAAGGCCUCCAAGUGACUGAACUGGUGGAAUCGCUGUCUAGUUGGGUCCAUCAUGCACAACAUAUUCUUCCUCAGAGAUCCAGAAUAUACCGCCUUGGACAACACGACUGUGUUCAAGUCUCGUUCCUCAAUAUGCUGUUGCUGUCCUCAGGUCCAACCUUUGGCCUGGAGCGUAUGCGUUUUGCAAUGGCAAAAAGUUUGAAAAUCUCUACAUAGGCUGGGGUCAUAAAUACAGUCCAGACAGCUAUACACCCCCAGUUCCACCAGCAGUUUGUGAAGAAUACCCCAGUGGACCUGAAAUUACAGAAACGGAU